GACGGUUCCUCUUCUCCUUUGUCACGCAUAACAUACUACUCCGAAAUCAAAACCCUCUCUCCCUCUGUGAUUCUCUGCAUUUUAGUAGAGAUGGUAGACGAAAAUGGCGUGCCGAUUUGGAUGCGCAACCAGUCCAACCCCGUGGUGGCGACUACAACCGUGGUGGACUACAACAUCCGCAACAACACCUACAACCUAUACGACGUCACUUUCGAAUCCCACAACAUCCAUACCCUCGUCACCCACCACCCCUCCGAAGUCGAUAGGUGGCUUUCCAACAACGCCGGCCGUCGCCAGGGCCUCAUGGUGGGCCUGGACAUUGAGUGGAGGCCCAUAACUCAACCCAACACGCAAAACCCUGUAGCCACCCUCCAACUCUGCGUGGGUAACGCCUGCCUCGUCUUCCAGAUUAUUCACGCUCCUUAUUUCUCCCACUCUCUCGGUUCCUUCCUCCAAGAUCCUAACGUCACUUUCUUGGGCGUUGGGAUACGCGCUGACGCCGAGAAGCUUCUUCGAGACUAUGGCCUCCACGUGGCGAACGUGUGUGACCUUCGUUCUCUGGCUGAGGUUAAGCUUUGGCGUUACCCUCAUCUGAGGCAGGCUGGGCUGAAGACACUGUGCCUCCAUGUUCUCGGAGCGGAGGUUGAGAAGCCGCAGAGUAUCAGCAGGAGUUUAUGGGAUAAUCGCUGCCUCACCGCCGAACAGGUCAAGUAUGCUGCCAUUGAUGCCUUUCUCUCCUAUGAGAUUGGACGCCGGUUGAUUGAAAGCGAGAUUUGGUAGUUCUCUUCUCCUAUAGUUUCUCGCUGCUACCUUCGCUAGGUGAGUAGUAGCUUAUGCUGUUUCUGUCAUUUCUCACUAUUAUCUUUGCUACUUCUGCCGUUGCUGUCAUUUCUCACUGUUACGUUUGCUUAGUAAUUAGCCUCUGCAGUUUCUGUCAUUUCUUACUGUUUCUUUGCGUGUUACGUUAGCUUUCCGAACGCCUGUUUUUAUGUUUCUGAAUUGAGACCUGCAAUUACAGAUAUCUGUAAUUCUGCUGUUUGCUAUGAUCAUGGAUUUAUUACGCUUUUGUCAGUUUACUAUUGUUGAUUUGCAUGCGGUUGUUGGUUAUAUUACCUACGAUUUUAGUGUCAUUAAUGUUGUUGACCCUGGGUUUAAUUGUGUUCAUGGAAAAUUUAUGCAGAUGUUAAUUUUUUUUAUGAUUAUUCGUUUUUUAACCACAAAACUAUGGAUUAAUAAAAUUUUAGUUUUUGUACCCGUGUAAACGAAUCCAAAAUCAUUACAAUGAAUUUAAUAACAACGCUAUUUCUGUUAUGGGUGUUAUGGAAUUCAAAGUAAAUAUGUUUGGUAUAUGAGAGUUAGUAUUUUAACUCGAAAGCAGUUAUAUUUG